UUGUCGAAAGCACUGGUAAGCGGAAGCGAAUGGCCGGACAAAGAUGAACUGCUGGAUGUGUUGUACUGGGGAAGGCAGAUACUGGCACUAAUUGUCGGCAUAUUCUGGGGCUUCAUCCCGCUUCAUGGAUUACUAGCCAUCCUUUUGUACAUCGCGAUCUCGACAACAGCCGGCCAGCUUUACGCUACUAAUUUUCAGAAGAUGGACGAGGACGCAGUUGGUGGCUUCUGGGAAUUAGCAAAAGAGGGUUUUGGAUCCGCGUUCGCCACAUUCAUGGUUUCUUGGAUAAGUGUUUACUCAGCCAGGCAUUUCAGUUGA